GUCUGGAGCGAGAAGCUGCGGUAGCGGCUGUCUGUCGAUGGGAGCCGCGCGAGGAAGGAGUGUAUCUGAUCGUGGACGAAAUUCGGAUGAGUUCCGCGGAAGGAAAGCACAACCCGAACGCCGGGCUACUUUUUACUUAUUUAACCGGCACUUGUCAUUCGCGUUGAGUUACUUUGGCGGGUAAUUUCUUGCCUUAAUAUUUUUGAAGGGGGAGGGAGAAGACGAGUGCACUUCUGACAGCGCUCUCCUUAGCGACGUCCAUUCAGCCGAGACAGCCAAAAGACGGACUGGAAAGAGCGCAACUCUCACAGUCACCCAGUAUUGAAGUCCGGAGGGUGAGACGACCGCAAGAAAAAAAAAAGCGCUUCAACUCUUUUGCGAACUUACUUUUUAGGCAAGUUAUUUCUUUCGUUUGUUUUUUAACCUUUAGGUACUAGGGGGACGCAGCGGAGGCGCAGACGGCGAGGCACGGAGCGGCGCUUUUCCGCCGAAGUGCGGGAGCUGCUUCCCCUUUGCACGCCCGGCUUCUUUACAGACCUUCCUCGGCUCGACUUCGUUAGUUUUCCGUUUCCUUCGCCUUCUCCAACUUUUUGAGUCGUAUUUUUACGUUUUCGUCAAAUCUUACAUGCCGUUUUAGAACGAAAACUUAGAAAAACUUAUUCACGCACGCGUUCCUGUCCCGCGCCGGUCGUUAUUUUUCUUUUCAUUUCUGUUUUUUUUUCCCCAGCCAGACUUGAGUGAUUAUUUUCGCCGACAAGGAUUAUUCGGCUCGCUUCCGGACGGCCAGUGGCUAAGCCGACCCCCAUGGCGAUUUUCCGAGCGAGUUACUCGCAGCGCUGGCCAUGCGGCGCCGCGAUGUGAAGCGGCGCCGGCCGCCGAUGCGAGCACUACCCCCCUUGUUCCGUCGCGGCCCCGUUUUCCCGGCAGGGCUCCGAGGAUGAACUCGGACGUGGAGCGCACGUCGCUCAGCUCCAUGGGCUCUGGCGGUCGCUCGCUGUCGGCCAACGUGCGCAAGCUGCACAACGCGCUCAACCUGCUGCUGAGUGACUUCGAGCGGGAGCAGUUCAUCCACUGCCUGAACGUGUACCACUCCAAGCGCAACGUCUUCGACCUGGUGCAGACCCUCAAAGUCAUCCUGAACGCACCCAGCAAGCGCCAGCUGCUGCCCAUGCUGCGCCUGGUCAUCCCGCGUUCGGACCAGCUUCUCUUCGACCAGUACACCUCGGAAGGGCUCUACCUGAGAUCGGAGGUGCUCGACGGCGCCGGCGCCCCCGAGACCUGCGGGGAUGCCCUGGCCGCCAACGGCGCGCCGGCAAAUGCAGCUCAGUCCCGGCCGUCGGCGCAUGGCGCGCCGAGCUGUUCCCCGGAUAGUUUCAGCACCGGCAGCGAGGGGACAGCUCCAACGCCUCCACGGGAUCCCCCCGGCGAGGUGCGCCAGGUCACUCUGAAGCGCAACAAGAGCAACGAGGGCUUGGGCUUCAGCAUCCGCGGAGGCUCGGAGCACGGCGUGGGUAUCUACGUGUCCCUGGUGGAGCCGGGAUCGCUGGCCGAGAAGGAGGGACUGCUGGUCGGCGAUCAGAUACUGAAAGUUAACGACAAGGUGUUCAGCAGGGUCACCCACGCGGAGGCCGUGAAGGUCCUGAAAGGCAGCAAGAAGCUCUCACUGUCUGUGCGUUCGGUGGGCCGCAUCCCGGGGGGCUACGUCACCAAUCACGUCUACACAUGGGUGGACCCGCAGGGCCGCAGCGUGUCCCCGCCCCCAGACCUGCCUGAGCACCGGAGCUCCGCCUCCGGCUCUGGCUCAGCUGGCCGCCGCGUUGACAGCCUGCGCCGCAGCCAUCUGCCGCUGCUGCAGGACGGCGAUGAGAAGAAGGUGAACUUGGUUAUGGACAACGGUCGAUCCCUCGGCCUGAUGAUCCGCGGGGGAUCCGAGUAUAACCUGGGGAUCUACAUCACUGGUGUGGACCGUGGCUCCGCAGCAGAGCUGGGGGGACUCAAGGUGGGCGACCAGAUCCUGGAGGUGAACGGCCGUAGUUUCCUGAGCGUCCCACAUGACGACGCCGUCCGUAUCCUCAAGUCCUCGCGCCACCUGAUGAUGACGGUGAAGGAUGUGGGCCGGCUGCCGCACGCCCGCACCGUGGUGGGCGAGACCAGGUGGAUCGCGAGCUCGCAGGUCGCCAAGGGCCCCGCCACCAGCAGCGUCACCGGCCUUUCUGUGGAUCAAGGUGCCUCAGCGUCAGAAAAGCCGAGUUUCUACAAGGGUGUGGCCGGCUCACAGGUGACCUUGAGCAGCCUGGUGAACCAGUCGCGGGCCAUGCUGGAGGAGCAGGGGCGCCACCUGCUGACGCCGCCCGAGCGCCAGACCAUGGGCUACUAUCUGGAGGAGUACCGGGACGGCCACGUGGGUGUGGAGCAGCUGGUCAUGGCGCUGUUCGAGCUCUUCAACACGCACGCCAAGUUCUCUCUGCUGUCCGAGGUGCGGGGUCUCGUGGCCCCCCAGGACCUGGAGCGCUUUGACGGGUUGGUGCUGCGCCGCGAGAUCCAGGUCCUGAAGGCCCGACAGGCGUCUCCGACGGGGGUGGCAGCCCUGAACCCCGACUCCUCCUCCAUGGUGUCCUACCCUGACACCCUGACCUCCUCGGCCAGCUAUCUGACAUCCACCACGCUCAGCUCGGCGCGGAAUGACAGCACGACGGACAGCAACGCUGAAGAAACGCAGGAGAGCAUGAGGGACCUACCUGAUGUGUCUCUGGAUGACGUGCAGUCCACGGCAGACUCUCCCCCAUCUUUCAAACCCCCUCCCCCCCCGGGGGUUCACAGACGAAACAGCCGACAGGAUCGGGCCAGGAGGUCCUCCUCUGACUCUGAGUCGGGGCUAUGCUUCACGGCGCCCCCCCGCCUCCCCACGGCCCCUGACUCCCCCAUGAAGGAGACGGUGGCCUCACAGCUGAGCCUGGUCACCCAGCGUCCCAUUGGACCCUUCCCCCGUGUCCAAUCCCCGAACCGGGCCAACCCGCCCCCUGUGCCACAGCCUGCCCUUUCCCCGCCCCCCGCAUCCCUAUUGGCCACGGCCUCCAGCACGGACAAGCCGCCACCCCCUUCGUCACCUGGCUCCAAACAGCAGUUUGUCAUGGUGGAAGUGCACAGGCCUAACGCAGAGCCUGAUGUUAAUGAGGUUCGACCGCUGCCCCAGGCCAGAGGCGGGACACUGUCCCAGCUGUCAGACAGCGGGCAGGCUCUGAGCGAGGACAGCGGCAUCGACAUCGCCGAUUCGGGGACACUCAGCGAGGAUGGCAGCCCCCGAGUGGGCAGGACCCGCCCCCAGCAGGAGGCGCAGGGUGUGGAUGCUGCAUCCAAACCGCCCGGCCUCUUGGAGCCCACGUCCUGUCUCGUCCGCGUGCCUAAGAGCGCCAGCACCCUGGGCAUUGCGAUUGAGGGUGGGGCCAACACCCGCCAGCCGUUGCCGCGAAUCGUCACCAUACAGAGAGGUGGCUCAGCGCACAACUGCGGCCAGCUGAAGGUGGGCCAGGUGAUCCUGGAGGUGAACGGCGUGUCGCUAAGGGGCCGGGAACACCGGGAGGCUGCACGCCUCAUCGCCGAAGCCUUCAAGACCAAAGAGAAAGACUACAUCGAUUUCCUGGUCACAGAGUUCAAUGUUUCACUGUAGGACGGCUAUCCCUCUCCAGGAACACUCCUAACAGGCCAGUGCUUGGGCUCAGGUGAGCCGCCAGUGCUAGAGAACAUGCUAGAACAUGUUUUGGGUCAAAUCCAAAUAAUCCUGCGCCCUGUGUUUAGUCUUGACUUUGUCCAAAUGCUGAGAUCCUAAGGACAUUCACCACUCCACCAGUGCUCUCAGUGGCUUUCCCACAGCUCCCAGUUAUGCCUGGGACACAGUGUGGGCCUGUGGUAAACUUGUACCCAGGGUGACAUCCAAACUUUGUCUUCUGGAUGGGCGUCCAGUCAACAAAGGACACUCGAAGGAUCUGAAGGUUCUGUCACUGUGUAGGUACUCAUGGGGAAAGGUCAUGGAGAAGUUGGGUGACCUCACUGAACUCCACCGGAUGACAGGGUAUGCAGUGUUGGAGUGUGGAAAUGGGUACGGCACAUCACUAUACCCAGAUCUUUUCUGGUCUUCACUACGACGUUGCAGCCAAACAGAGCUGGUUAUGCAACCUCAGGAAGAGUAACCUACUAGUGCUGCAACACCUCCCACAGCUAACACCGUCUCCUGUACCUGCAACUGUUCUUUUAAUGAGCACCUACCGGUAAAUGUGCAAGUGAAUUGAUGUAGAUGCAUAAGGAGAGGGGGGGAAAUGUCACUGCAAACACAAUUAGAUUUAAUGAAAUGAUAAUCUUUCAAAAGGUGGUUUAAAUAAAGUGCUAGGCCUUUGGCGGUCUGUUCUGUACAAAUACUCUUUAAAAUAAUUAAUUUUUAUUAUUUCCAUUGUGAGCCCACUGUAUUGGUCUUGUCCCUAAAAAGAUGCCAUCGACUAAAUCAAACCGCAGUUACAAUGAGAGACAGUAAUUAGCCAGGGACGGAGAUCUGAGCCCUCAACGGAGCCCAUCACAAACAAAGCGUGCCGAUGGCCGGGCUUGGGAAAUCGUUUAUAGACUUAUGUGGGGUGAGUGAGAAAAUGAAUGGAGAUUGAAAGAUGAUCUGGUUGUUAUACUCGUGUGAGGCAAACCAGGAACAUAGACAGAGGAACUGAUGAAGAACUUUGUGAAGAUGAUGGUGAAUCCAGUUGAAAGUGGUGCUUAUGGAUGCUGAAGUGACCGGGCUAUUGGAGAUGGGGGUGCAUAGCACUGUGAUCGGUUUCAGUAUAUCUUGACAGAGGAGAUCUCUGGGCCGCAGGUAUCCGUGGGUCGAUUCCCGCUGCCAUUGGGCCGGGAGGGAUUCCUCACAUGCCAAACGUUGGCAUAGUUGAGGCUUUAAUGUUUUGGCCCCUUGGUUGUCUGGGGGCAGGGGAGAGAGUUGUAAGGAAGGAGGGAGUGAAGAAGUUUUCAAGCCUGGAACAUAGGUUAGUGUUUGGGAGAGACUUUUUUGGGCUUACAUUUGCACGGGUGAGGCUGGAACUGGGGAAAAAUCUCUAACAAAUUCUAUUUUGAAUAGGUAGUAAUGAACAGAUGAGAGGUGCAUUGUGGGAACUGCAGUAUUUUUCUAAAGUGACAGACUGCUGAACAGAAAUGUUGUUUGUCUGUCUGCCUGGUGCAUGUCUCCCAAAAUUUUAAAUAUAUAUAAAUACAUUAUAUAUCUAUAUAUUUUAUACUGAAUUAUCACUGAAGUUCCUAUAAUAAUACAUAAAUCUGUGAAUAUUGUGGUCACAUUCAAUAUCUUUGACUCUUGAUUUAAUGAUUUAAUUGUAGCUAUCCCCAUUCCUGCUUUACUUUAUUUGAUGUAACAUAUUUUAAAAUGCUUGAUUUCAGUUGUAUAUGUUUGUCACUCAGCGUAUGAUAUUUUAUGAAGCCUUGUAGUGCUAUGGUACCGUACCAUUGUGAAGACUGCAGAAAUCAGACACGCCUGUAGCCCUUAUACUGGACCUGCCAUAUCUUUGGUCAUCUGCUCAUCUUAAGUCAUCCUUUUAAACCAUCUGGAACUUUCGAUGUAUUUAUUUUAAUACAGGCGGGGACUUGCAAUUAAAACUGGUAAUUUCCCAAAAUAAUAAAAA